CCAGCCACGUUGAGGAGGAGGGAGGGUGCCCCGUGGAUCCCCCAGAGCAGACUCCAAAGCAGAAGACGCGGGCAGCAGCGGCUUGGGGAGCUGGGGAGAGGAGCCUGUCCUCCCCACAGAAGGCUUAGGGAAAGCUGGCACUCCAGGCAAGGGGCGAGAGCGUGUCCCCAGCACCUCGGGACCGGACCUACUGAAGCUGCGGGCCACGGGAGACCCGAGCCCUCAUGCUAAACCUCGAUUCGGGGGAUAGGCGCCUGCCUAGGUCUCCAGCUCUCGGCCAACAGCUACCCCUAGCGGAAAAGCGACCGUCCCGUCCCCCUCCGUGCUUCCCAGGGCGUUCCGAGAUUCGGCUAGAGAGCCAGGGUAAUGAGGCGUGUGCUCUCCCUACUCCCUGCCCUCUCCAAACCCCGAACUCUGCUCCUAAGCUAUCCUGCCGGGAGGCCACCGGGAAACCCUGGCCCCAGCUGCCCAGGACCCCCAACUUUAGCUAUCCCUCAGACUCCAUGCACUCUUCUGCCAGCCUCCCCACGCCGGGAGCUGAAAGCCAACCGGAGCUGCUGCUCCUUGGACGGACAGGCGGCAGGAGUUCGGGGCGGCGUUAGCGAAGGUGUAGGGCGGACUCCGAACUCCGAGAUGGGCUGUGUUUGUGCUGCGGGACAGUUCAGGGAUGUGAGCAUCUAUAGAGUGAAAAGUUUCCCCCCCUUUCUAAAUGAGAUGGGUCUAGAAGACGUCUAAGGUCCCUUCUAACUAUGAUGUUAGGUAAGUUCUGUAUCCUCCUCCCCUUCACCCUCCUCCGGCUCUCCCUGCUCCAUGGCACGUCUCUAGCCCCUCGUUUGGUCCCUCUCUCCCCUCCUUGCCUGUUUAUUUUUAGGUCAUUGGCGGCGAGCUCUAGGUAAUCCCCAGGCUGAAGUUCCAAGGGGGCGGGGCCCUACUGGGGGCGGAGUCGCCUUUUCUUUUAAACCCGCGACUAUAAAUCCAGUUUAAGGGGAAGCGGGAUCUCAGAUGAGCAGCCCGGACCCAAGUCGGCUAGGGGAGCGAGGGGGUGGGGCCCAGGGCGGCCGCGGCCGCAGCUGCCCAGCUGCGCCGCGGCUAGCCGGUAGGCUCCACUCCCUCCUGGUUCACACCUUGGGCUUUCUUACCCAGGUGGCCGCCUGCUGUUUCCUGGGCCCGCGCUUCCUGGCCACAGCGGUGACGCUGUGGCUACUGGACUUCCUGUGCAUCCGCAAGAAGGUGCUGAUGAGACGCCAGCGCGAAGGCGAAGCUGAGGACCCCCGGAAGGCGGGCGGGGGCGUGGGCGGGGGUGGAGGAGUGGAGGAGGAUGGGGCAGCUGUUAUCUUGUUCCCGGGGCUACCCCCUGAUGACCCGCCAAUCUGGGUCUCUGACUCCAAUCGGCUCUGCACUAUAGAGUCGCUGAAGGCUGUCUGGCACGGGCAAAAGAUGGACUUCUUCAAGACUGCCCACAAGGGCUCCCCAGCCCCCAAUCCCGAGGUCAUUCAGCUGGAUGGACUGAAAAGACUGCGCAUCUUAGACUUUGCGCGGGGCAGCCGGCCACUGGUCCUCAACUUCGGCAGCUGCACCUGACCCCCGUUCACGGCGCGACUGCGCGCCUUCCAGCAUCUCGCCUCCACCUUCUUAGACAUCGCAGACUUCUUGCUCGUCUACAUCGAAGAAGCCCACCCUUCCGACGGCUGGGCCAGCUCAGAUGCAGCCUACGACAUCCCCAAGCACCAGUGCCUUCAGGACCGGCUGAGGGCCGCCCGGCUCUUGCAGGAGGGCGCACCGGGAUGCUUGCUAGCGGUGGACACCAUGGACAACGCGUCCAGUGCAGCCUACGGUGCCUACUCUGAGCGGCUCUAUAUAAUCCAAGAGGCCCGAGUCAUGUACCAGGGGGGACGAGGCCCCGAGGGCUACAAGAUCUCAGAACUGAGACACUGGCUUGACCAGUACAAAGACCGCCUGCAGAGCCCACAGGCCUCCGUGGUCCUACCUGUGUAAUUGACCGUUUCCAAAACAAAGAACCCCAAACAUGCAAUUGAAGGUUUUCAAUCACAGAAAGUGACAGUUACACAAAAGAAGGGGGAAGGGAGAAUUAACCCAUUGGGGGGGUGUUCCAAUGGGGGAAACACCUCUCUCUUCCCUCCUCCCCAAAUUCCAUUUUUCUCUCGUUUUUUUUCCUCCACUUUGUUGACUGCAGUGCGAACAUUGUAUAUGUUGCGCGUGUGCAUGCGUGUGUAAACCUGUGUAACUCUGUGAGUGCCCGUUGUUUCCCGCAGAGAGAAGACACCCCUGCCACCUGGGACAACUCAAUCUCUACGGGGCCAAUCCUUGUUUGCCUGGGAAUAAGGAAGGAAGGAAGGAAGGAAGGAAGGAAGGAAGGAAGGA